AUGAGGGUUGGAAGCUGGGCGUCGCCGCGACGGCAGAUGCAAUCGGACGCGUGCCAGAAAUUGCCUUUCAAGUGGCUACCGGCGAUGAAGCCGCGCGGUGUAGUCCCACCCUAGAUGCGUUUCGGAAGGUAAUCAGGUGGUUAAGGACUCCGCCUUUCCCAAGGGAAAAACCUCCCACUUUGCUCAAGGCGGACCGUCGUGCACGUCGCUUCGGCUUCAUUCCAUUUCGACUCUCAUACUGUCUGCGGCAAGUCGAGUAAUUGCCCAGAGUUCCGACAUAAAAGGACAACGUUAAGUCGGCUCCGAGAAUGCCUUUCAAUCAAAUGAGCUCUGUUUUGUAAUUGCUGGGAGGAAGACGAGACGAGCGUGUUUCGUUUUUAAGGAAUCAGUGAGAAAGAAGUUGCGAUUGACUAUUUUUUUCUUCGAGGGAUCACAUUAUGUUCUAUGAUUUUCUCCUAAAAUCUGUCUUAUUUUUUUAAAUGGUAAUAAAACAUGUGCUAAUAGAAGUAUAUAAGUCAUAUAUAUAUUUUUUUUUUCUCGUAGAGAUAUUCUCAUAUUUAUUCAUUUCAUAUUUUAAAAAAAAACCAUUUAUUGCAUCUCCAAUUAAAAUUCCUGCAGUUGAUAACACGUGCAAUUGUAUCCUGAUUAAUCUGAAAUCUAAAAAAAGCUUCAUCUGAGCCGUAGAACUCAUGGUAUUUAUUUUUUUAAAAUAUCAUAAAAAAAGAUGCUUUCCGAAGGUUGAUAACAGAAAUCUGAGCUUUCCGUGAAAAAUGGCUAGCGAUGACGUUAUAGGCUUUUAGUUCGCAUUCAGGUUCUCCUUAAUCUCUUUGGAUAAUCGUGGAAAUCUCUUCAAAAUUAGCUUGACUUUCUGAUAUAUCCAUAUUAUUUGUGUACAUUCGGGUAGUAUUCCAACUUCAACUUUCUGAUUUGGGCUAAGAAAGCUUCACAAGUAAGCUGCCGGAUGGAAUACUGGUGAACAACUUAUAUUUCAUCGCGCAUCUCAUUUAUUAAUUGAUUCUAUCUCAAUUAAAUAGUCAGUUUGCAAGAGAAUAAUUACGAUAAGUUCACAAUCAUGAAGCAGGAAUCAUCAGCCAGAUAAAGAGGACGAGAGAGAAAAAAAAAAGGAGGGAAUUGGCUUUUUAUUCCUCAUUCGCUAGACUAUUCCUCAAAAAUUCAAUAAUCAAGAUAGUAUACUAAUUUUUUUUGCUGGAGUUUCAUGAAUAUUUUUUGAUAUUUAGACCACAAAGGAUCAAGCUUUUCAAUGAAAGCUUCAAUGCGGUAGCUUUUCUGUAUUCCCACUUUUUAAAUCUUAACCACAUCACUGUUUGCAUUUGGUGUUCUUCAACUUCCCUUUCUGACAGUUCCGUUCUGCGCAAACACAUUCAUCAGUCACAAUCCAAUCGUGAAACCGAAGAAUAACAACGUGAACGAAAUUUUUAUUUCAUUGAACCUCGGCUAAAAAUUAGGUACGAGGGAGAAACACAGUGAGCAGGCUGACAAGGAAUGUGCGCUCCAUCGCUUAUUACAACAUUUACUGGGGGCUAGAAGGAAUCCCCUCCUAACGUUUUUUCUGUUUCAUUUGAAGAAAAUCAAGUCCUUGUUAUUAGUUUUUCUGUCUCUUUUGCUGUCUGUUUUUUGAAAAAAAAUUUCAUUGAAAAUUUUCAGGAAUGCGAAAGCCGAGCUCCUACUUUGGGCAAUCUCUCGAAAUCACGGUUGGUGUUAUUUUUAUUUUGCCUUAUUAGAAAUUAUUUCUCUGUUUUGAGUUCAUAUAGAAGUGACCUUCUCGAUUUGAAAAAAAUUUUUUUAGAGUUUUUUUCUUUCAUUCUUUGAUUUUUAGGGACUUCAUUAAACAGAUUAUUAAAAGAAAAUCGAUAAAACCUAAGUUUGUUUCGGAUUGAUUGUGAGAACACAUAGGAUAUAUGGGGGAGUGGAUAGGCGUAUUUUGUGCUUUUAUUCAGAAGUUUGUGAAUAAUAUCCAAGUAUAAACGUUUCUUCUUGCGAUUUCUAUUCUUAUUGACAUUCUUGAAUUGUUUCGCUACGUCCAUAGCAGCUGUUUGGGCUCUACGAAGUAGCUGCAUCCAACAUGAUUAAUUAUUGGCCUUCAUCUGUUCAAGAUUCCGAUAUAAUUGCGGUAAAACGAAAACUGAGAAAUCAGUUUUCUAAACAAAUUAAAAAUAAAACGUAAAAUAAAAAACGGGUUUUUUGAAAAAGCAGCUGUGAAUAAAACGUAUGGCUUUUUAUCAGUUGAAUAUCGGAAAAGAGAUUUUUUGCUUCCAAUAUGAGAGUCACUGUGUUGGAGGAGUGCGGAGAGUUUUGUGGCUGGGAGGCCUACCUGAAUGAAACGGCGUCCUCCGCGGCGCCCGCAUCGUCCUUCCAUCAGUCGCGCGAGCCGCCGACUAACCAGUUCCGCGUCGGUUUCAGGCUCUCGUGUCGUCAUCCAAACAGUUAGUUUUCUUUUUGCUGAGCGAACAAUUCAGUGUAUCUCAGAAGCUGUUGGAGAUUGCUUGGCCACUAUCUCUUCUGUCGAAAAGGUUCCGUCUUUUUUCAGCUUGCGGCUCGAAUAAAUUUCGCUCUGAAUGUUUUUGUCCAAGAAGAAACAGUUAAUUCUUCUCUAACGUUGGCGGCUAUUUCGAAAGCCCCUCCUUCUUUCAGAGAUCUUCAAAACUAGAAGAGUUUUUUGAAAAAUUUCGAGCAAUCUCAUAAGAAAGGAUUUUUUUCAGAUAGCUGAUCAAUCUCAUAAUAUAAAGAACCAGUUAUAAAAAUUAACCAUUAAGUAUUGAAACAAAAAUGGUCUGAUCUUUUUUCAACCUCAGGUUUGGAUCGUCGUUGAAGUCGAUCAGUUCAUCCCAAACUCACCAAAAUCCCUGCGUUUUGUGGUCGAUGAUCCAGCGCUGCAGCCCAUAGAGUUUUUUGUCAUUUUUAUAUUUUUCCAACAAAUAUUACAGGCUGCCUGUUUCAAAAUCAUCGCCGAAGAAUCCUCGCCAUUUGAAUCACAGAGAAAAGUUUUCAUUUUCUCUUUUCAAUUCAUUUUUGAUGAAUUUUAAGCUCUUCACCCGAGUUUUUCGCACCAAAAAGCUGGUUCAAUCAGGUCUGUUUUUGUUCAAAAAUUGGUUACUUGACUUUUUUUUCGCUUACUCUAGAAUCAACUCAAAAUUUUUUGUGAAAUAAUUAUCAUUGCUUGGAGAUUUUAGAUAGUAGUGAACCGGCCAAAAAGUAAUUUGUUCGAAGUCGGUCAGAAGUUGGAAGUGGCUUCUCUGAAACGUACCGAGUUUAAGACUUUCCCGGCAACUAUUGUCGCUGUUCAUGGGGUUAGUUUUAUCUUUAAGUCAUACAUGUUUAGUCUAAUACGAAAAAUCGAUAGUAGUACAAAAAGUUCACAUUUCUACAAUUAGGACAAUUCAAAAAAUCUUUUCGUUUCAUUUCACGAUCAUUUUCAAAGUCGCUUUGAAAAAAAUUAAAAAGUGCGAUCGACACAGUUGAUAGUUCUACUUUCUUACUUUUCAAAUAUUGAAAAAGUGUGUUCAGUAUUAGGGAUAUUACCAAUUUCGGAAAGAUUUAAGCAGUUUCUUAAAGGCAUAGGGGCAGAAAAAAAAAACGGGGUUUGAGGUGAAAGCAGUUCCCUGUAGAGUAUUUCAUUGCGAAUCGAACGGUCAACUCAAAAUAGCACAGAUAUGAGAACGGGAUUUUAUUUUCCCGCCUUUUAAUUUCGAAAUAUGCUUUGGAUCGGUGUGGGGGAAACACUUUACAGUAGCCUUGCGCGCCAUGUUGCGAACGUGUCAAUAGACUCGCAUUUUGUAAGAAAAAACUGAAUAUCUGCUUCAAAGUAAGGAUUUUUUCUCUGAGAAAACAUUUAUUCAAACAAAAAACACACAACGAUGAUGAAGGAAACGCAAAAUAUCACUAUCCCAAUCGAAAACUGUGUAAAAUCGUAUUUUUCCCCCAGAAAAGCGUUUUGCGAUCAAAAUUUGCAAGUUUUUUUUAAUAAAUAGAGAGCUUACACGACGAAAAGAACUUUGGUGAGAACAGGAAAAAUUGGAAUCUGAAAGAAACGAAGAAAAAAGCGAAAAUUCGAAAAAUGGCAAAGUUUGUUGUCCAUAGAGCAACUUUACUGCAAAACGCUCUUUUAGCGGGAAUUCAAACUUUUUUCUCUCUAACUUUGAGUAAUGGCAAAUUUGUCUCAAACCCUAUUUUUUUCACUGUUCCUAUGCCUUUAAGACUUGCCUCGGUUUUCAAGGAGUCGAAUUCCUACAUGGCCUGUUUAUUUGAUGUGUACUUACAAAAGGAAAAAAAGAAAAUGGGUCUUGUCCGCCUUUGUCUGUGAAAGCCACACAAAGACUUUGUGCCCGUAAGGAAAAACGAAAAAGAUUUUUCGUUAUUUCAGGACAAUAUUACGAUACAUUUUGAUGGCUUGUCUUCCAAACACGACUUUCAGGUUUCUUUUCUGCCUUUUUUUUAUCUCUUUUCUCUAUCGAAUCUUAGGUCCCUUACUAUUCGAAAGACAUUUUCCCAGCUGGCUAUUCCAGUAAGGCAGGGAUUUUUAUUCAAUCGGUCGCACAAAACCGUUCGUUUUUUUUUCUGCCUCACUUUUUUUAGAUUUUCUUUUAAUUGAUUGAAUUUACUUUGAGAUUUGUCACUAACAAAACGUGCCAUUCCUCUGGCUCGUGAUUUUCGAGUUCUUCGAGGAUUUGUCUCGGAAAGCGUGAGUGAUAACAAAAUUAUGACUUUUUUUCGCAUUUCAAACGUCUUUUAAUAACGAAUUUUCAGGAUAGCGAAGAAAAUAUCCCGGAAGAAGUAUCACGGCAAAUUUCUGAUGUUAGUUUUUUUGAUUGGAAAACUGAAAUUUUUUCUUAAGUCUGAAAAAUCGCACUUUUUUGUGAAGAUUUCGGAUCGUUUCUUUUUGAUGUAUCUUUAAUUUUGAUCACCUUUUUCAAUGAUAUUUUUACGUGGAGUUUUUAUGGGUUGAGGACGAUGAACAAUAUGACGUCGAUGUGGCCCAAAAAGAAGAAAGAAGACGUGGAAGCAUCUCAUCGAACGAUUCGACAGACAGCGUUGAGUCUAUGCCCCUGGAGGAGGUACUUGGAAAACCGACGGAGCAAGAAAUGAGCAGAUCACGCAAGAGGCCGCGGUCCAGAGGUGAAUACUUCAAACUUGAAAAGACCUUCAUUUAUACAAUAAAGCUUCCUGUUUCAUAAUAAAACUCAGGGUUAUUGAAAUACAGAAAAAAUUUUUUCAAGCGUGAAAUAUUUUCAAAUUCAUAGACUCUGAUGACUCUUCGAUUGUGUCUUGUGGCGCGCACGUGGAGAUUUCUGACGUAAGUUUUUUUUUUCCAUACAUUUCUAUCUUUGCAGAAUAUAGCUCAAUUUCCGACUUAAACAAGGAAGAUUGAGUUUCAUGCUUUUUGGAUUUUUUUUUCUUGUUUAACGGUGAUCAGAAUGAUCAUCUUAUAGUUUGUUCAAGUUUUGAAUGUCAACCAGCUAACUCCGCCCCUACUGAGACGGUACCUUUUCGCGUCGAUUUUUUACCGCGCGAGACGAUUUUGUUCUUUUUUGUCCUAAAAGAUAAAAAAAUGAAGAGAAGUCUGCUUGACAUUCAAAAUCUGAACAGACUAUAUUAUAACUAGACCUCAUAUCAAAAGCUUGAGCGUCAGAAAGAAAGAAAAAUUACUUUUGUGAAAAAUCUCAAGUCCAGAUAUAUAUCGCUGAUGAAUUUCGUUCUAAAGUUCAGAGGGUAAUUGAACUAAGUAGCUUGUAUCACUGAUAGCGGAAUUAUUUUUUUUGCUUUCUCAUUGAAUAAUUUUGGAGGUGUCGAAUAAUCUCAAUGCCGUUUCUGAAGUCGUUGAGCAAUUAACUGGCUUCGAUUGGGUAAAAAAUAUCCUCAGUUAUCUUUUUAUAUCAUUUUAUUAUCAGCAGUGCCCGUCAUCAAGCAUGGAGCUGACAGAGAGUUUCGAAGAGUCAAGUGAGUAUAUAUUUUCUUUGGGGUUUUUUUUAUAUCCCUCCAUUUACAGCUGUCAAUGUAAUUGUAAACAAAACGCGUAACAUCAUACCGUGCAAUUUUUCUUUUGAAGAGGUUUUUAAGAAAAAAAAUGUUUCUCUGAUAAAUUCAAUCCAUUAUUGAGGUUUGUCGGAACUUUAAAGACGAAUAUGUGUCUUAUCCGUUGACGACGGUAUACCAUGAACUGAUGAUGGGCCUGGCCAGGUCCACCUUGGAUCCUGAGCUAUUCGUCGAGGUCAUUCCACCGACUCAAUCCAGACUUGUUUCAAUUUGUGGUUUGGUUAUACUAUUCGCUUUUCAGAAGUUCUUUGAAAUUAUUGAUCUCUAUUUGUACGGAUUCUAAAUUUUUUUAUUUAUAGAAUCGGAUGGAUUCAUACAUUUUUAUUGCUUCAGGAAACACUAACUAGGGAAUUACUCGGACUCGGGUACGCGUUUCGAGUUGAAACUUUGGUGGCUUAUAGACCCUGGUAAGAGUACUUGGAAACAAGAGAGAAUAUCUGCUGAACCCCAUAGGCUUCUGAGAAAAAGCUUUUUGAAAAUGAACAGUUUAGGCUUGAAAAUUAUCAAAUUUUUGCUUUCCUCCUUCUUUUGGCUGGAAAAAAGUUUUUUAGAGAUUAUCAUAGCCGGAUCAUUCAAGGCGAUUGUAUUAAAAAUAUAAAAAUAAGGUAAAAAGCAGUAUUCUGAAAAUUUUUCAGGCCUAAUUUCACAUUUUCUACUAAUUUUUUCUCAGUUCUCUAUUGGGUUUAGCAGAUAUUCUCACUUGUUUUUAAGUAUUCUCACUUACGUCUAUAAACCACUAAAGUUUGAGCUCGAUCCGCGAUUACGAGUCCGAGUAGUUCCCUAGUAAGAAGUAAAAAAAUGUUUUUAGAAAAAAACAAAUGAACUUCCAGUAAUCAUGAAAAAAAUCGGAAGACGCGUGUUGUUCAUCUGCCGCCUGUCAAAAACGCCCAACAACUCCACGAUUCCCUCAACCAAAUUUGCCUGAAGGUAAUUUUUUCAACUUUUAAAUAGCAAAGUUGUUUCAGAUGAACUUCAAGUCUACAAUUUUUCACUGUUAUUGAUCCAGAUGUGAGUUACAUUUUUUUAAGGUCUUUUAUAUCCACACUACCUCUCUCUAUAUUUUAGGUUUAAACUUGAAUAUAUCAAUUUUGGACAUUUGAAACUUCUUCGUUCAUUUUUAUGUCAUUAAAAAAAUUUUACAACACUUAUCAGUAUUCAUCAAAAUUUGUCAUCUUCACCGUGGGUAAAGAGAGGUUAUUAAACUUUAAGUAUAUUAAAAAGAGUUCAUCUUUCGAAAUUUGAAAAUUUAUUUUUCAGAAGAGACUGCACGAAACCAGAGCGCGUAAGUUCGAGUUAUUAUCCAUCUUUAUCUAUCGGUUUGAGGGGAGAUGUGGUUCUCUAAAAUGAGCGUUGAAAGGUUGAUCACCAUUUUGUUCUCCAAUGGCAAACUUACAAUUGAAGAAGUAAAAACUUUGAAAAAAAAUGUGAGUUUCGAAAAAAAAUUUAUGAAAUUUUUUACGGUUUAUCUUUCAACAAGCAAAAAAUUUCGUGGACUUUGAGAGACUUUAUUCUCAAUAAAAGUUCGAAAUAACGGGCUUAUCGAGUUUUUUUUUUCCAGGCAUUGCAACAUUAUGAAAAAUUCAGGAGAUUGAUGGACAAGCCGUCUUGCAAAUGAGUACGGAGGACAUCCAAGAGCUUAGCGGUGACCAAGAAAUAGUGGCGAAAAGAGUAAGUACUUCGCCUGUUCGAAGUCAUGAAAAAGUUAAUUUAGUUGAUAGAGGCGUUUGACUUUGUGAGAAGAACUUGCGACAUGGAACGGAGCGACUGGAUACCCCUCAUAAAGAUCUGA